GGAGAGUCCUUCUUGCGUCAAACUCUCUCUCUUUCUUACGACAAACGCAAAGCGCCAGAACAGACAUACGCGCCUCCGCGCACAUACGCACACUUGGACAAAGAAGCACCAACUCCUUGUGCUCUGCUCGCCAAAAUAAAAUUAUAAUAAUACAAAACACGCGCAUCACCGACGGAAGAAAGUCUGUGUGGUCAGUAGCACGCAAAACACGAGGUGUGUGUGUGUGUGUUUCCCUUUCCGUUGUGUCUUCCGGCGCAUACGUGUCACUGCCAAAAAGAAGAAAAUCGACUUUAUAAAGAAAAGCAGCAGCUGUCUUCGUCACAAAUCAACUUUUCUUUCUUUCUUUCCCUUUCACCCCAAAGGCUCAUAGCGCCGUUCGUUUUUAUUGUUGUCUUUGUUAUUACCCCACCGUGUGCUCCGUCAUGCACAUCGCCGUUCCCAUCUUCGCCGUCGGACCCUAUUCCCUUGCGUUCGUGGUGGGGCUCCUGCUCUACUGGAAUGCCUCCCUCAUCAUCUCGCGGUGCUUGACCGCGUUCUUGGCGACGAUGAUCGCCACGAGACUGGACUUGGCUUUUCACCUCCUCUACGCGUGCCUACACCACGUGGUGGCGAGCGUAUUUCGUCUGCGCGUGACCUGGGAUCUGCAGGACGUGCUUCAACACUUUCAGUUCCACUCGCAACUGUACGUCAUCGCAGACGUCGCCAGUAUUUCGCUGCUUGUUGGCAACACCCUGCAGUUCUGGGCCGCCGCACUGAUUACCCGGAUCGCCCUCUCCGCGCUCGCCUCCCGCACUGAAAUCUGGAUGCGCUGGUGGGAGUCGCAGUCCGUCGUCGAUCACGUUCUCGCCACCGUGGGAUGCCUUGUGUGCGUGGUGGGCUGCGCGCUUCAGUGGGCGUAUUAUGUACUGCUGCCGCAGGCGGAAAGGGAGGAGGGCGGCUUUGCGUCCCUGUUGAUGUGGUACACAUCUACCGUGUACAUCGUCGCGGUAGGCGUGCGUGCGGCGUGCAACCUGACCACGGCCCUCAUGCGCCUGUGUGGGUACCGCCUUAUGCAGUGUCUUGCCAACAAGGUGGACCGAGUCGCCGCGCGAGCUCUGGAGGAUUCUGGGUUGAACCCUCACUCGGAGGUCCAUCAGCUGUACAUGGCGUAUCUGUACGCCGUGGUGUGCGCCGUGACGGCGUGGUACUACUCUCCGUCGUCGUUGCCCAUGUGGAUGCAGUGCUUCGUUCUCCUGCGCCUCUACCUCAUCGCAAGCGCAUCGUGGAAGUUGCAGCACUACAAGCAGGUGCUCGACCGGUUUCCCUCCGUCACGGCCGAUCCCUCGAAGGCGUGUGCGAUCUGCCGCGACGACUUCCUCCCUGGUGAGCACGUCACCUGCCUCCCCUGCGGGCACACCUUUCACGGCGCGUGUGUGCGGUCGUGGUUGGUGCGAGCGGCGACGUGUCCGACGUGUCGGCAACCCGUGGCAGACGCGGCGUGGCGAACCGGCCAGCCGCGACGCGGCGCCGUGCGAGGUGUCGCAGUGGGUCGAUUCACCGGCUCCAUACAGCCCCUCGCCCCUCGCCUGCCGGCUGCCGCGCCACACACACGGGACACACGGAACACACCGCGCACCCUCCCGACCACCGCCACAGCUGCUGGUGCCGCGCACUCCUCUUCCCUCCCCUCAUCCCGCCUCUCGUCUUCCACAGCCCACGCGUUUGUGGUGGCACACGCACCGCUGCCACACCUCGCCGAGCUGCAGCGCAUUGAGGCGGAGCGCCGCGCACUGGCGCAGCAUCGACAGGAUCUCCUCUCUCAGUCAAGCUCCCCUGUCACCUCUCCUGUGGCGGCUCCUGCGCGUUCUGCCAGUGAGGCCAGCAUCCGAGAAGUUGAGCGAGGGCAGGUGGAGGAGAACGGAGUCGACCCGCUUCUCUUCACCGAUACGCCACUGGCCCCGGCAGAGUCGCCGGCGGAGGAGAGGCAGAGCGGCGACAGGUUUUCUGCGGCGCCGCACCGCAAACGCCAGCGUGCCGAUGCCGCCACGGCGGGUGGCGAAAGUGCCACAGGCGAGGAAGCCUCGCCUCGACGGAGACGAGAAUAA